AUGAAGAUCAUCACAGCAACUCUCCUCGCACACACCGUUGCACUUGUGAGCGCCGCACAAGUCGCCGUCCGCUACGACAACACCUACGACAACCCUUCAAACUCCCUCACAAAAGUCGCCUGCUCAGACGGCGAACACGGCCUAAUAUACGGUUUCAACACCCUCGCCGACAUCCCCUCCGAAGUAGCCAGCAUCUCAACCAUCAGCGGCUGGAACUCGGCCGUCUGCGGCCAAUGCUACUCGCUCGAAUUCGAGGGCCGCAAAAUCCACUUUCUCGGCAUCGACAGCAAGCCCGAUGGCGUCGAUUUGUCGGAGCGCGCGAUGGAUCGGUUGACGAGCGAUCGUGCCACCCAGUUGGGGUGGGUGAUGGCGGAUCUGCAGAUGGUGGAGAGCGAGUUGUGUGGGAUGGGGGGAAGGGGGAAGAGGGCGGUUGGGUUUGAGGCGUAG